AUGCCAAUCGAUGCUUGGGACUCCCACAUGCAUGUCACAGAUCCCGAAUAUCCAUUGGCUUCAGACGCGGCGUAUGUUCCUAGUCUUCACAACCUGACCGACGUCCGCAACUUCGAGCAGACCAUCGGCAUCCAGAACACGGUGUUUAUCCAACCAUCCAUAUAUGGAGACGACAAUUCCUGCCUCCUUGACGCCCUCAGAGCAGCUGGUACUUCGCACGGUCGUGGCGUGGUCGCUAUCAAUCCCGACAUGCUGAACAUCACCGAAUUGCAAGAGUGGCACAAGCUCGGAGUUCGUGGUGUCCGCCUCAACCUCAAAUCAAACGAUGCUACUUAUACCGCCAACUCCCUCUCGAACAUGCUUCAAAAGUACGCAGAUGCGAUUCGAGGCUUCAAAUGGGUGCUCGAGCUUUACAUCGGCAUGGAAGCGAUGCCCGUCCUAGAGAAAAUUGUGCCCAACCUCGGUGUUCGAGUCUCAAUUGCCCACUUUGGUGCACCCACACUGCCUGAUCCAAAGAAUACAACAUAUCCUCUCGACCCAUACAAGAUCACUGGCUUCCCAUCGUUGGUCAAUUUGACUCUCGCCGGAGCCACAUGGGUAAAGUUCUCCGCACCCUAUCGAUUCGAUAAUGAUACACAAUUCCGUGGCGUCGAGAGUAUAGCUCGUGAGUUGCUCAAGGUCGCAGGCGAUCGUUGUAUUUUUGCUUCGGAUUGGCCGCACACGAGAUAUGAAGGUCUGGACAUCAAGCCUUUUGUUGAAGCAGUCCUCGAUUGGACUGAUGAGGCCAACUUGACAAAGGAAGUGUUUAGCCUUAAUGCGAAGGAGCUUUGGGAUAUUGACCAAAGACGUGACAGCCAGGAUCCUUUGAAGUGUGAUUAAUGGUGGAUUCGAGAUAGAUUGAGAUAGAU